AUGCUGUCGCAGCUCUUGCUGGUUCUUGUUCCGGCCAUCACGCUGGUGUGCGGCCAGUCGGUCGUCACCAUCGACCCUAACACGGUCCCUCUGGCGACUAGACAGUCCUGGUGCCUCUCCCAAACCUCAUCGUGUCCACUUCUCUGCCUGCAAAUGCCCGGUGUCUCCUCAGCUCCGCUGGCCAACAACUGCUCUGCUCAAACUCUCGACUACUACUGCGUCUGCAGCAACAAUCUCUCCCCCAACGCGUCGCAGUACUCCGAGACGAUCCCCUACUUCGUCUGCACCGAACACAACAACCAGUGCGUGAAUGCCUGCAACUCCGGUGACUCUAUCUGCCAGUCCGACUGCCGGACUCAGAACCUGUGUGGCGCACAGUCUCCGACUCGUGUCAAUGUCACUACUGCUACCACAACCCACGCUACUAGCGCCUCCUCGGCCUUCGUGUCCAAUACCAUGAUAGGCGAGGCUACUGGUGCUGCUCCCAAGCUGGUUUCAGUGGAGAUGGGCCAUGUUUAUGGGCUUUGUGUUUUGGUUGCGGGGUUCAUUGCUGGGUUUACGGCUCUUUUGUGA